CCACCGCCGUUGUCUUGCCGAGUGGCUAACCCAUCAUCAUGGGGAAGAGGGACAACCGCGUGGCCUGCAUGAAUCCAAUAGCAAUGGCCAGAUCAAGGGGGCCAAUCCAGUCUUCGGGGCCCACGAUCCAGGAUUAUCUAAAUCGACCAAGACCUACCUGGGAGGAAGUAAAAGAACAACUAGAAAAGAAAAAGAAAGGCUCCAAGGCUUUGGCUGAAUUUGAAGAAAAAAUGAAUGAGAACUGGAAGAAAGAGCUAGAAAAACACAGGGAGAAAUUAUUAAGUGGAAAUGAGAGCUCAUCUAAAAAAAGACAAAGAAAGAAAAAAGAAAAGAAGAAAGCUGGUAGGUGUUCAUCUUCUUCUUCAUCAAGCUCUGAUUCUUCCAGCAGUUCUUCAGACUCUGUAGAUGAGGAUAAGAAACAAGCAAAAAGGAGAAAGAAAAAGAAGAACCGUUCACAUAAAUCUUCUGAAAGCUCUAUGUCAGAAACUGAGUCAGACAGUAAGGAUAGUUUUAAAAAGAAAAAGAAAUCAAAGGAUGUGACUGAGAAAGAAAAGGACACUAAAGGACUUGGCAGGAAAAGAAAGAUGUAUCCUGAAGAUAAACCCUUAUCAUCUGGGUCCUUGUCAGAAUCAGAUUAUGCUGAGGAGGUACGAGCAAAAAAGAAGAAAAGCAGCGAAGAACGAGAAAGAACAACAGAAAAGGCAAAAAAAGAAAAAGAAGCAUAAGAAACACAGCAAGAAGAAGAAAAAGAAGCUGCUAGUUCAAGUCCUGAUUCGUCAUAACGUUUAGAAAAACCAAGAUUCCCUUAAAGAAAGUGCAAUGUCUAAGAAAAUCUCAACUGUGAAAAUUAUGAUAUAUUUACUAAAAUGCAUGAAAUUU